AUGUACUUUUCCAAAGCCAGCAUCAUCGCAAUGUUGGCGGCUCUGCCAAGCACCCUCGCCUGUCUCGGAUACGAAGGCGGUGUUCCUACAGCCACAUCCACGAAGACCAACAGCAAGUACAUCGAGGUCAAGGCCGGCGAGGUCUACGAUGGUGGCUGGGCUAGGUUCGACCGUGGCUCCGGCGCCUGCAACAGUGGCGAAGGAGGUCAAGCUGAUGCUGUCUUCCUUCUUCGUCGUGGAGCCACUCUGAAGAACGCCAUCAUUGGCAAGAACCAAAAAGAGGGCGUUCACUGUGAUGGACCUUGCACCCUGGAGUUCGUCUGGUUCGAGGAUGUUUGCGAAGAUGCCAUCUCAGUUAAGAACGAUAAGGCUGGUGAUCACACCUGGAUCAUCGGUGGCGGUGCCUACAAGGCCGGUGACAAGAUCAUCCAGCACAACGGUUGUGGUACCGUGAACAUCAUCAACUUCUACGCCAACGACUAUGGCAAGGUCUACCGUUCUUGCGGCAACUGCAGCAGCCAGUGCAAGAGAAACGUCUACGUCGAAGGCGUUACGGCGUACGGAGGCGGCGAGAUUGUCGGUAUCAACUCCAACUAUGGCGAUACCGCCACUCUCAAGAAUGUUUGCACCGAUGCCAAGGUCAAGUGCCAGAUGUACACAGGAUGUGCUGGGGGCUGCGAGCCCUCGAAGUCCGGCGUUUGCUCUGGAUAA